GCAGCACACACACACACUACACACACACACACACACACACACACACACACACACACAGUCCCCAGACCCAGACCUCCUCUCUCUGUGUGUGAGAGUCAGUUCCGCUGUGAAUCACCAUGAGGACGACACUGCUGUGUUUGACUGUCUGCUGUCUGAGUGUCACUGUCAGCGUGGACGGCGGUGGCGGCGGCUCCACUUCUCUCCCGGAGGAGAACGGCGUUCUGCUGUUGAAGAAGGACAACUUUAACCGAGCUCUCCGUCAAUACGAACAGCUGCUGGUGCACUUCUUCGCUCCUCUCUCUGGGGAUGCCCAGCGACUGGCCUUAGCGUUCCGUGGAGCAGCGGAGCAGCUGAUUGGCUCGGAGGUGAAACUGGGCGUGGUCGACGUCUCCAAGGAAACCGAACUGACCAAGGAACUGAACGCCACGACUCCUCCCCCUCUACGUCUCUACCUAUCAGGAGACAGACACAACCCUGUACCCUGCCCAGUUUUCCAGAGUUCGGCCUCCAUCGUAACGUGGCUGAAGAGGAGGGCGGGGCCUAGUGCUGACAUCAUCACUGACCUGAACCAAUCAGAUCGCUUCGUCGCCUCGGAGGAGCUGGUUGUUCUCGGACUGUUUAAGGACGUGGAACUGGGUCCCGUGGAGGUUUUCUACGCCGCCGCCGUUGACCUCCCUGACCUCUCGUUCUCGGUGACCCGGAACCAAGACAUCUUCAGGAAGUACGACGUCACACAGGACUCUGUGCUGCUCGUCCGACAGUCCACCCCUGUACAGGUAUUGACGGUAACCAGUCAGACGUCUAAAGAGGAUCUCCUCUCCUUCAUCGCCGUUCAUCAACUGCAGCUGGUUACUGAAUACAACGGACAGACAGCCAGCCGUAUCCUCUCCUCUCCAGUGUUAAAUCACGCCAUUCUGUUUGUCAAUAAGACUGAUGAAGGGUUUCAGACCGUCUACUCUGCCUUCCAGGCUGCUGCUGCCCCCUACAGGGGAAAGGUAGUAUUUGUGAUGGUAGACGUGGACGAGCCGAGGAACGGUAGAAUGUUGGAGUAUUUCCGUGUCCGGGAGAGUGAGGCUCCGAUGGUGCGAUUGGUUAAUCUGACGAGUCACGUGACCUAUCACCUGCCGUCCGACACACUGGACACGCCCACCGUUAUAGCGUUCUGUCAGAGCUACCUGGACGGCACCGCUCAGCCUAAGAUGCAGAGCGAAGUUCUUCCUGCUGACUGGGAUCAGAAGCCAGUUAUACAGCUGGUAGGAGACAACCUGGAGAGACUGGCCUUCAACCCUGACAAGACUGCCUUCAUACUGUUCUACCUGCCCUACAGCGAAGAGAGUCGUUCCCUGUUCCCGCUGUGGGAGGAGUUAGCCCAGCACUUCCUGGACAGAGAGGAUGUUGUCAUCGCUCGCAUCGACGCCUCGGCUAAUGACUUCAACCUGUCGAUGAGAGAACGCUACCCGGCCCUUCGAUUGUUCCCCGCGCUGCACGCAGAGAGGGUGGUAGCCUACACUGGUCAGAGGAACCUGAAAGAUCUGGUUCGGUUUCUGGAGAAAGAGAUGGACAGAGCCAAGAUGGACAGGGCCCAGGAGGAGGAGGAUCGGAGGAAGUACAUUGAGGCUCAGAAAGCUAUUGAGGCCAAAGAAGCAAAAGAAGCCAAAGAGGCAAAACAGGAGCUGUAGUAAUAAACCUGUAGUAAUAAACCUGUAGUCCUACACCACCUGUAGUAAUAAACCUGUAGUCCUACACCACCUGUAGUAAUAAACCUGUAGUCCUACACCACCUGUAGUAAUAAACCUGUAGUCCUACACCACCUGUAGUAAUAAACCUGUAGUAAUAAACCUGUAGUCCUACACCACCUGUAGUAAUAAACCUGUAGUCCAACACCACCUGUAGUAAUAAACCUGUAGUCCUACACCACCUGUAGUAAUAAACCUGUAGUAAUAAACCUGUAGUCCUACACCACCUGUAGUAAUAAACCUGUAGUCCAACACCACCUGUAGUAAUAAACCUGUAGUCCUACACCACCUGUAGUAAUAAACCUGUAGUAAUAAACCUGUAGUCCUACACCACCUGUAGUAAUAAACCUGUAGUCCUACACCACCUGUAGUAAUAAACCUGUAGUAAUAAACCUGUAGUCCUACACCACCUGUAGUAAUAAACCUGUAGUCCUACACCACCUGUAGUAAUAAACCUGUAGUCCUACACCACCUGUAGUAAUAAACCUGUAGUCCUACACCACCUGUAGUAAUAAACCUGUAGUCCAACACCACCUGUAGUAAUAAACCUGUAGUAAUAAACCUGUAGUCCUACACCACCUGUAGUAAUAAACCUGUAGUCCUACACCACCUGUAGUAAUAAACCUGUAGUAAUAAACCUGUAGUCCUACACCACCUGUAGUAAUAAACCUGUAGUCCUACACCACCUGUAGUAAUAAACCUGUAGUCCUACACCACCUGUAGGUCUACACCACCUGUAGUAAUAAACCUGUAGUCCUACACCACCUGUAGUAAUAAACCUGUAGUAAUAAACCUGUAGUCCUACACCACCUGUAGUAAUAAACCUGUAGUAAUAAACCUGUAGUCCUACACCACCUGUAGUAAUAAACCUGUAGUCCUACACCACCUGUAGUAAUAAACCUGUAGUAAUAAACCUGUAGUCCUACACCACCUGUAGUAAUAAACCUGUAGUCCUACACCACCUGUAGUAAUAAACCUGUAGUAAUAAACCUGUAGUCCUACACCACCUGUAGUAAUAAACCUGUAGUCCUACACCACCUGUAAUUAGAGCAGCUGUAACCUAGUUGUCACGCUCUGACCUAGGAGAGCUGUGUUUUCUCUGUCAGGUCAGGGUGUGAUCGAUAGGUGGGCAUUCUAUGUUUUGGCCGGGUAUGGUUUCCAAUCGGAGGCAGCUGUCUAUCAUUGUCUCUGAUUGGAAACCAUACUUAGGCAGCCUGUUUUUUCUCCUGUGUUUUUCGUUGGGAUCUCGUUCUUGUGCAGCUGUGUUCACGUUUUGUUUCUGUUCCACCUGUUUUCUUGUUUUGUUCGAAGUUCACUAAAUAAAUAUGUGGGACUACCGGCA